UUUGUUUUGAUAGUUUUGGAAAAUUCUGACGUUCGUUUAUCUCGUGUUUCUAUUCUCAUAGUGCGUAGCCUUAUUAUUUGUGAAAAAUUGCUAUUUUGGUUCUUGUUUAGUUAAUUCUCUUAAAAUUCGCAUUAACAUGUAAUUGGUGAGCAAAUAGACAAUUCUCAACAAAGUUAGGAUUGUGAUUUGAAGCGGUUGUACGACCGUAAGUUUAUCUUCAUUAAGAUGUCGGAAAAACCAAGCAGUAGCGGGGCUCACCCGAUCGUAAAGAUCGGCCACUACACCCUGGGAGCCACCCUGGGAGUGGGCACGUUCGGCAAAGUGAAGAUCGGUGAACACCAACUUACUAAACACAAGGUUGCCGUGAAGAUCUUAAACAGGCAAAAAAUCAAGUCUUUAGAUGUCGUUGGCAAGAUUAGAAGAGAGAUUCAGAACCUUAAGUUAUUCAGACAUCCCCAUAUCAUCAAACUGUAUCAGGUGAUCUCAACUCCAACGGACAUAUUCAUGAUUAUGGAAUAUGUCUCAGGCGGAGAACUCUUUGACUACAUUGUCAAGCGGGGUAAACUGCAGGAGCACGAAGCUCGCCGAUUCUUUCAGCAGAUUAUCUCCGGCGUGGACUACUGCCACCGACACAUGAUCGUACACCGGGACUUGAAACCGGAGAAUUUGUUGUUAGACCACAACAUGCAUGUGAAGAUUGCUGACUUCGGACUGUCUAACAUGAUGAUGGAUGGAGAGUUUCUCAGAACUUCCUGUGGAUCACCUAACUAUGCAGCUCCCGAGGUAAUAUCAGGAAAACUCUACGCCGGCCCAGAAGUAGACGUGUGGUCUUGCGGCGUCAUUCUCUACGCGCUGCUCUGUGGCACAUUGCCCUUCGACGACGAACACGUCCCUACUCUCUUCAGAAAGAUCAAAUCUGGUAUUUUCCCCAUACCUGAGUACCUGAACAAGAGUGUUGUGAGUCUGCUCUGCAUGAUGUUACAAGUGGAUCCUAUGAAGCGAGCGACCAUUGAAGAUGUCAAGAAACACGAGUGGUUCCAGAAAGAACUGCCAGGGUAUCUGUUCCCCUCGCCUGUUGAACAGGACAGCAGUGUAAUAGACACAGAAGCGAUAUCGGAAGUAUGCGACAAGUUUGGCGUGAAAGAACACGAAGUUCACAAUGCAUUGCUAAGCGGCGACCCUCACGACCAGCUGGCCAUAGCGUACCACCUCAUCAUAGACAACAAGCGCAUCGCCGACGAGGCUGCCAAAGCCGAGAUCAAGGACUUCUACGUCGCCAGCAGCUCCCCGCCGGCCGUCAGCGAGAGCAGCCGGCACCCGGAGCGCAUGGCGCCGCUGAGGGACAACACCUCCCCCGCCGCGCACCCCGCGCUGCCCGCGCCCGACAAGCACCGCGGCACGCCCGUCAAGCGAGCUAAGUGGCACCUGGGCAUCCGGUCGCAGAGCAAGCCCAACGACAUCAUGCUGGAAGUGUUCCGCGCGAUGAAGGCGCUCGACUACGAGUGGAAGGUCAUCAACCCCUACCACGUCAGAGUGCGAACCCUAAACAAAAUGACGGAUAAAUACGUGAAGAUGUCUCUGCAACUCUACCAAGUAGACUACAAGUCCUACCUCCUCGACUUCAAGUCUCUAUCUGGAGAGAAGGAAGACUCCGAAGACGACGCGACCUCGCCCCUGGCGCCUCCGCCCCCGAUGGCGCCCCCGUUAAUCAACCCGCCGACGCAGCCCCAAGGACACCAUACAAUGGAGUUCUUUGAAAUGUGCGCCGCUCUAAUCAUACAACUAGCACGGUAAAGGUACACUAGAAGGGAUGCAAAGUAACUUUGCUUACAGUUAUUGGUGCUAAUUCCUGUAAAUACAAUCUAAUUUUAUUUUAAGUUAUAUCUGUCAUUUUCUUAUCCGCUGAAAAGGAAAGGGACGGGUAAUCGACAAGCAUAAAAGUUAUGGAACACACGUCAAUUUUAAGCACAAAUCUAAAACAACCGUCUAAAUUAUUGGCCAAUAUCCCGACAGAAUUAAGUUGACAGCACACGUCAAACGGUUUGCAUACCAGCGAGAUACCUUUUUUAUUCGCCCAGGUUAUUCAUUCAUUUACUCAUUCUUCCUAAAAUUAAGAGCUGUCAAUCAUCCGUCCCUUUCCUUUUCGGCGGAUAAGAAAAUGACAGGUAUAAUUUAAAGUAAAAUUAGGUGUCUGCAGGAAUCGGGGCCAUUGUAAGCAAUCGGGAAUCUUAAAGUUAUUGCGUAUCGUAAUCAAUGUUAUGGGAUAGGAUAUUAUUGUAAUAUAUUUAAUUACGGCAAAAACAUUUUGUGAAAUGCUCUAUGGUAAUUUUAAUCGUGUUAAAUCUGUAAAAUAUACGAGAAGUCUAACUAUCUCGACAGAUGAAUAAUUCACUCAUCUCCACCAUUAUAUAUUCUCGAUACAUGUGCACCGAAUAAUUCAAUAACAGCAGCAAAGUAGUUUUAUUAACUUUUUUGUGGCUUCCUUAGACGCUAUGAAAACACUAGCCAUUUCCAGCAAUCGUAGCAUAGCCUCCGCGAUGCGAUAUAUGAGGAAAAAUAAUUGCAGAAUUGACUUAUAUCGCGUAGUCAAUAGAAUUGAUUAAUUUAUCGUAUCGCGCGCGUUUUAUGUGGCUGUAGUAGUAGCCUACUAAAGUUCAGUAAGAAAGCGAAAGUGCCUUUUAAAAUUAUAUCGCAAUUAUGAAAUAAAAUAAUAUUGCUUGUUGGAAUGGACUCAUCUCGACGAUACUAAUAGAUAUAGAUAUUUUAAUAUAUAGAUGAUUGCAUAGUGUAAUAUAGGUCGUAGCUUCAUUAUUAUAGAGGUGGAUAUGGGGUCAAAAAAUGGCUUUCUAAUUUUGACCAUGGUGUAAGAAAACCAGGUAUGCUCAAAAGUGACAGCUAACAUUUCAAGGUUAGCCCAGCUGACGUCAUCCCACCCUGCGUUGCCAUUUCGUAAAAAUUAAUAACCCACGACCAAUGUUUUUUGUUUUUAUAUUUAGUUUGCAAGGAAAUUUUGAACUUUUUGAACGUAAAAGAUUUACUUACAGUUUUAAUUAUAUUUAUACAAGUAAUAGUAAUUAAAUACGUUAGUACUUAAUUUUCAAUAAUAAAAUUUACGUCCUUGGAAAGUUGGAGAUACGAAUUUAAUGAUAACACAGUGGAGACACUUACGUCAUCACAGGGCUAGCAAUGGCGGCUUGUCAUACGAUAAACAUACCUGGUUUUGUUAUACCAUGCUUGUGAGUAUUAUAAUUACCGAAACGAUGAAACAAACUUGCACAUAUUUGAAAAUUAUCCCUAUUCAAUAAGGAGAAAAUUUCGCCAACGAAGGAUGGCUAAUCGAUGUGGUAAAAAGCGCCAGGUUUCGUUUUUCUUGACGAUAAAAGUUGUAAAUUAUUUCUGAUAGAUAUAACGCUCUUACAGACAAUAAGAAGUCUGGUAUGAGAAGAAAUAAAAUUCAAAAUGUAUUGAUAAUGAUGAUUGCCAAAUAGGAGAAUUGAUAUUCGAUUAUAAACCUUAUUGGAACCUCCACCUCGGUACAUUGGUGUAUGAUAGUUUUGGGAGUUGAAAAGUUUGUUAAUAUAGAUUUUUAGAAAAAUUGAUUUACCUAAAUGUACAAAUCUUGUACAGCUUUAAUUGAGUGUUGUAUAGAGCUAUUCCAAAUUAUCUUCCACCAAUAAAAUUAAAAUUGGUCUCUUUAGACUUA